AUGGAAUCUUGGUCGGAUUUGUGUCGUUGCUGUCUUGCUCCAGAUUCUGAAGUGUCACUGUUUGAUGCCGACGACAACGUACGAGAGAAGUUCUCUCAAAUAACUACUAUUGAGCCGAGAGAAGAUGAUGGGUUACCUCAAAGGCUAUGUGGUGACUGUUUUACCUUAAUGACUUCAGCAUAUCAAUUUCGUAUGCAGUGUAUGAAAGUAGAUAAAGAAUUGAAACUGCAAUUAGAAUCGUUAAUAAACCAAGUGAAAGACGAAGGCCUAUUGGAAAUGUCAUUUUCCCAAAUAGAAACCCAGCUUAAAGCUAACGAGGAUAUGACAAUAGAAGAUCUUGCCAAAGAAUCCUUUAAACAGCUAGAAUCUAUAAUAAAAAAAGAACCUAACGACAGUGAUGAUGACUAUUACUAUGUAGUAGUUGUUGAUAACCCAAAAGAUGAUAAGUCAGAUGAUGAAACAUAUGCAGAUGCACCCGUAGAAACUAUAACAAAGGAAAAUAAUAUAGAUGAAGUAAAUACAAAUGCCAAUCAAUUUGAAACUACCAUAGAUUCAUUUCUCGUAUCUCAUCCAAAAGUAACUACAAACGUACCAGACACUAUACUAGAAAAUGAAGAACCUGAGAAUGAUGACCACUUUGAUCAAGCAAUGGAUGUUGAUAUCAAUCAUAUUCAAGAAGAUGUGGCCAUUAAUGAGGACUCCCAAGAGAAACCUCAUGAAUUCUCAAUACCAAUUACAAAUGAUAUGAUACAAAACCUCCCAAACUCUAAGAACUUUAUCAAAAUCCUCACACCAUCUGGUGCAGAAAGGACUAUUUUGCUCAAAAGUGACGAUGGCAUUAAAUAUUAUACUGGAACAGAUGCUUUGAAGCUUGAUGGAGAUUCUAUGUCACAAGAAGUUAUUUUAUAUGAAGGGGACGACUCCCCGCAGUUUCAGUUAGUUAAAUGUGAUGGGUCCGAGUUAGUUAUAGAGUAUGCUGAUGACAGCGAAAUUGCAACUGUAUUACAACAAGAGGAUGGCACUUUUUUGUGUGAUUGUGGAGAACAGUUUGAUGACAUAGAGAAUUAUGAAAAGCAUCAAUAUAAGCACAAUCCAGCUGGAGAUCAUUUGUGCAAUUUAUGCGGCAAAGGUUUUGAAACGGCUGAAAUUUUAACUGGGCAUAUGCUUUUGCAUACCAAUCCCACAGGUGCUCUUGUAAGCUGUCCAUUCUGUCAUCAGAAUGUCAAAAGAAAUACUUUAACACAACAUAUCAAGUAUAUACAUAGUACUAAGCCGCAGUGCAAAGUCUGCUCAAAGACCUUUGCUAAUCAGAACAACUUGAAACGCCAUAUGAUGAUACACAGUGGUAUCAAGGAGUUUGAAUGUGACAUCUGUCAGAAACGGUUUCACCAAAAAAUAACAAUGCAAACACACAGACUAACACACAUCAGUCCUUUCACAUGCAGUCAGUGUGGCAUCAAGUUUGAAAACAAAUCUGAUUUAACGACACACAAAGGCACAGAUGAAUGCUCAAAGUCAAGGAUAAUGAAAGUUAAGGAAGAGUUAAUGAAAACUGUUAGACAAGAAGUAACUACAGAUCACGGGAAAUUGUUAGGUUAUGCCUGUUCACUAUGUAAGAAGAUGUUCUCAGUCGAAUCAGCAUUAGAACAGCAUGUUGAAAGUACUCAUAUUGUGGAAUCAGAUUUGCCAAAUGAUAAAAAUCUAAAGAAAACUAACAAAAGAUUCGAAUGUUGUAUCUGCGGCAAAGGAUGUACGAGUCAGGCCAUGUUGAUAAUGCACGAAAGGGUCCACACUAAUGAGAGACCAUUCCCAUGUCAACUCUGUUCCCUGAGAUUCAAAACUAAAACCCAUUUGAGAACCCAUCAGCUAACUCACACUCGGGAAAAGAAGUUCGGUUGCUCAGUUUGUAUGAAGUUCUUUGCUCUAAAAGGGAAUUUGGUGGUACAUUUAAGAACACAUACUGGUGAAAGACCUUACGUUUGCUCAAUAUGCAGUGAAGCAUUUAUAGAUUCUAAAUAUCUUAAAAAACAUAAGCAAAAAAAGCAUGCAAUUGAAAAUGUGCCGUGGGAUAAAUAUGAA